AUGGCUGCCCCCACCCACGUGUGUCUUUAUGGGUGCCCAAAUGUGUGUCUGUAUGGGUGCCCCCACAUGUGUCUGUGUGGGUGCCCCCAGAUGUGUGUAUGUGUGCUCUAUGUGUCUGUAUGGGUGCCCCCACCCACGUGUGUCUUUAUGGGUGCCCACAUGUGUGUCUGUAUGGAUGAACCCACGUGUGUCUGUAUGGGUGCACCCUCGUGCGUCUGUAUGGGUGCCCCAACGUGUGUGUAUGUGUGCCCCUAUGUGUCUGUAUUGGUGUCCCCACCACUUGUGUCUUUAUGGGUGCCCAUAUGUGUGUCUGUAUGGGUGAACCCACGUGUGUCUGUAUGGGUGCCCCCACGUGUGUCUGUAUGGGUGCCCCAACGUGUAUCAGUAUGA